AUGAAGUCAGGAACAGUCGUCUAUUCGAGCCUAGCUGCGGCGACAUGUAUCGCUUUAGUGACUUGUCUUGCUGGAGCAUUGACUCAUCACCACGGUAGUUCUGGCUCGGUGAGUCUGGAGGUUGAGAAGGAUGGUGGGAACAAGUCGAGUCCGUUGCUGUAUGGGAUGAUGUUUGAGGAAAUGGACCAUUCAGGUGAUGGCGGGAUUCAUGGACAGCUACUCCAAAACAAUGGGUUUCAAGGAUUGAGUCUUGGAUUGACAUCUUAUGCCACAGUGGGAGAUGCGCAAAUAUCUCAAGAUAUCUCAAGGCCCGUGAGUGCCGCAAUUCAAUCGUCGCUCAGUGUCUCGGUACCUGAAGGGGUAUCAGAAUACGUCGGCUUUGCCAAUACCGGUUACAAUGGCGUGCCAGUUAGUAACGCGACAUAUAAUACUUCAUUCUGGAUGAUGGGCGAUUAUUCGGGCACCGUCAACAUCCAGUUGAUUGGAUCGCAUAGCGGGAUAGUUUAUGCGGAUCACAAUCUGACUGUCCAGAGCACGGCUGCGAAUUUCACACAAUUCAGUACCAGCUUUGCCUCGAAGGAGUCAGCGGAUGGAGAUAAUGAGUGGCAUCUGACUUUCGAUGGAUCAAAGGUCGCUGGAAGCUCAUUGAACUUUGGCUAUAUCCAGUUAUUUCCACCAACCUACCAUAACAGGUCGAAUGGGCUGCGCAACGAUCUAGGUACGGUUCUGGAGGAGGUCAACUCCACGUUCCUCCGUUUCCCUGGCGGCAACAACCUCGAGGGACUGCAGGUUGACAGUCGGUGGAAGUGGAACACAACGAUUGGACCUCUGGUCGAUCGACCCGGCAGAGACAGCGACUGGUUCUACCCCAACACCGACGCUCUCGGCCUGGAUGAAUAUCUAUGGUGGUGUGAAGACAUGAACAUGUCUCCGCUGCUGGCUGUCUGGGCAGGCAAGUCCUACGGCGAUAUUCUAUCAGGCCCCGAUUUACAACCAUACGUCGAGGAUAUUAUGAACGAACUUGAAUAUAUUCUCGGAAACUCGAGUACAUCUCAAGGAAAAAUCCGCGCACAGAACGGACGCAAGGACCCAUGGAAAGUCGACUACGUGGAAAUUGGAAACGAGGACGAUCUGACGGGUGGAUGUGCGACCUACCCUGAUCGCUUCAAUCAAAUCUACAAGGCGAUCCACGACGAAUACCCCCACAUCACGCUUGUCGCGUCAAAUGGGGAUUACAAUUGUCUUCCAUCGCCUCUUCCCGAGGGUGUCAUUAUCGAUUUACAUUUAUAUCGUCUGCCGGAUGAUUUCGUUGCCUUGUUCAAUCAAUUUGAUAAUCAGCCGCGAAAUCAGUCCGUCAUGGUCGGUGAAUACGGCUGUCGCAAUACGACGGAUGCGAAAGGCACGUAUUGGUCGUUUCUGCAGGGAAGCUGUAGUGAGGCCGUGUAUAUGAUUGGCAUGGAGCGAAACAGUGAUAUAGUGAAGAUGGCGGCUUAUGCACCCAUGCUAGAGCACUUUGGAUUCACAUCCUGGUCGCCUACGCUUUACGGUUUUGAUUCCAGUCCAGGAUCGAUAACACCCUCGACCUCAUACUUUGUGCAACAAAUGUUUGCGUCUAACAAGGGGGACACGAUACUACCGGUGAAAUCAUCGUCGGAUUUCGGGCCUCUGUAUUGGGUAGCCUCGAGAACGGACUCGCAGUAUUAUGUCAAGUUGGCUAAUUACGGCCCUGAUGAGCAGAAUGUUACCAUCAGCAUUCCUGACACUCAAUCCGGACGGUUAUCGAUGCUCGCUGGGACGCAAUACCAGGGUAACCUUCCCCAUAAUAUCACAGUUCAAACGGUGACAAGUGAAGUCAAAGGCGACGGUGGGAAAUACACGGUGACUAUGACGGCCUGGGCGAUCGCUGUGCUGGCCGUUUCAUGA